AUGCCAUUGAGGCCGGCAUCCGCGAAAUCAGUGCUGCUUCCGUUGCAUGGCGAGGCAGCCGAGCGAUCAAAGCAUGGGAAUGCUUCGCUCCCCGCAGCCCGUGCGGGCGGCGAGAAGUUCCCAUGCAAGAGAUUUGGACUCCAACUCAAGCCGGAGAUAGAGGCAACAAGUGAGACGAGCCAAGGGGAGCACAAGGCGCACUUGUCAAUCGACGCUCCUGCCGGGAGCAGCUUCAGCGUUUGCCCUUUCUUCCCUUUCGUCGUCGAGUCUUGCCUGGCGGUGGAGGUGUCCGCCGUCAGGGCUUCGCACACGAAUUGCAUCGAUGUCUCUGGAAUCUGGAAGAGAUCUCAUUCGCAGUGGGCACAGCCAGGUCAUGGAGUUGUCGUAAAGCUCGUGCUUGGCGAUGACUCGGAUCGAGAUUUCCGUGGUCUGCGAGUUCUUUCAGCACAAGGCGCUGCAAGCCUGCGCAGGUGUGUCGAUGAGCAUUGGUUGGCCCUCCUGGGGGAUGGCCUGCCUCUUCAUCGCUGCGCCCAGCUGCAGCCAGGCAGCUCUCUCUUGCUGCAGCGGCCGCCAGACCGAGUCUACGUGCUGCGCAACCCAGCUGUGCAGCUCAGCCGCCUUCUUGUCCAAAAGGCUUCAGAGAGAGGUGCGCAACUGCUGGCGGCACCUGCGUCGGGAAGCGCGGUGGCCAUCAUGGCACCUAGCAGUUGCUCGGAGAUGCUCAUUGCACACGAAGUGCUUCUCGAGAUGGAGCUUCGCUUUUCCAUCGUUUUCUUACCCGAUCGAGCUGCUGCCAACCUGCCGGCAGCAAAGGCCACGGAUGCCAUCCUUCGCCGGCUGGUAGCCUUCGCUGUGCGGGAUAGCUUGCGCAGGGAUUCCUGGCAAUCCGCGGAAUUUCCAUGUCGACUGUUCCAGUCGCAGUCGAUGUCCAGCACGGACAUCCUGCAGCGACCCUCCCUUCGAGUUCCCUGCGUGGAUGUGGAAUGCGAUAGCGCGUCAGCAUCCUCCUCUCAGAUCACGGCAGAGCUGCGCUUCUCCGCUGAUGUGCGGCUGGUGCAGCCAUUGGCUCCUUUCCUCGCCCGCUCAGCCCGGGCGCCCGAACUGGCCGGGAGCUAUUGCCUCCAGGGCUUUGAGGCCAGCAAAAGGCCCCGGAUCCACGUCUUGCCGCGGCUGACAGCAGCACAGGUUACCCACAUCUGGCCAGAAGGGCAGAUGCCCAAAGAGCAACUUCCAGAAGAGCUCCAGACGGACAGCGCCUUCAGGGACUACUGGAGCCUGAUCCAUGGGCAUACUCUGCGGAGCAGCCCGGGCAGCACCCAGUCGUUCGCUCGUGUUGAGUUCCUCGGAGAUCCGAGCCAGGAGUUCGGCUUGCUACUGACGUAUCCAGUUUCCUGUCUUUGGCGGACAUUCUGGGUGAACCAGCCAGCUCUGAGCAAGCAGCAUGGGCCUGCGAUUGCGAAGCAGGUUCUGCAAAGUUUAGGCAGAAAUUCAACAUUUGGUACGUGGCGGCUGCAGUGUGGCUUCGAGCAGGCUGGCCCUCUUGUGCCUUCCGUGCUGCUCAACCGGCCGAUGGCGCAGGAUGUAAAGCUUGAUGUCAAGCCAGUCGAGGAGCCAGAGAUGAGCGCAUCUCGCAAGGCUGGACAUACCGGCAAGCGCCGCCUGAUUCUUCCUCUCAUAGAGCAUGCGAGCGGCACCGUCACUGGACCUUCAAAGCGCCAGUGUCUACGGUAA